AUGAAUCUCCAUACGGACACCCACCACGCCGAGCUCGACAAUCCUGGAGACCUACCAAACCACACCAUGACCACCACACCCUCCAUCGCAGAGCGCGUAUUCGGCAUCCCCGAGCUCGCAGAGAAAAUCUUCCUGCACGUCUCCGAGAGCGACUGCCACGACAAAACAUACGAUAAGCUCAAGGCUUUGAAGACCUUAGUCGUCGCGACAGGCGUCAGUCGUGAAUUCCAUGCGAGCAUCCACAGCUCUUCCAGACUCCGAAAAGCCAUGUAUAUCUCCCCACGGGACGAUGACCCGCCUUCGAAGAAAGUGAGGGACGUUCGCAUUCGCCUCCAUCCAUUCCUGUGCAACGGAGUCCUCCGCACCGACAGCUUCACCGCCCGCUUCGACCGUUUCAAGGUGGACUCCUACAGUCACCCUCCAUCGGUCUCUAUUCACUGCGAGCUGGACGACUACGAGGAUCUCUCCAAUCCCGUGAAACGACCUCAGUUGCCCUCUACGGCCCAAGCUUCGUGGCGGGAGAUGAUGCUGUACGACGGCGAGUGCGAUAUCCAGGCCACUGUUUCGUUGAAAGGCUGGGAAGAUGUGACUGAGCCCGACUCCUUCUACGCUGACUAUUCCGCCGUCGAUGAUUUUGAAGACUGGCUGGAAGAGAAGUACCAUGUGUUGAAAGAGCGGGUAGCGUUGGUGAUUGCGGAAUAUGCUGCCAACAAAUGGAUGGACGACGUGCCCGUUGAUGGCGACGACUACGACGUCGAUGCGGAAUAUUGGGACGGCGACGACGAAGACGAGGCUGGAAGUGAAAGCGAUGGCGAAGCAAAUUGA